AUGGGUUACACCAUUGAAGAUCGGUUUAUCAGGUCGAGUCGAAAUGAACUGAAAAUCGCCAUCUCCAUUUACAAACCGGAUGGUCUAAGACGACCGGUUCCGACUAUUGUUAUGGGCCAUGGAAUCGGAGCCAUCAAGGCCGCGGGCCUGUCUCCCUUUGCCAGCGCCUUUACCUCCGAAGGCUAUGUGGCUGUCACGUUUGACUAUAUUGGCUUUGGAGAAAGCGAUGGCUCUCCACGAAACGUACUCAACGUCCAGGAUGAGCUGCAGGACUUCCGCGACGUCUUGAGUUGGGUACGUGAGCCGGAACAAGACGAUUGGGUCGAUUCUUCCCGCAUUGUUGCAUGGGGGAGCAGUUUCGGUGGCAUGCACGUUACGGCUCUCUUGAGCGAAGACCGCGACCUUGCUGCGGGAAUUUCGCAAUGUCCUCUAGUAGAUGGCCUCGCGGGUUGUCUGAAGAUUCCGUUGUUUAGGUCGCUGAAGCUGGCCGCUACAGCGACAGCAGAUAUUUUUGGCUGGCUUACGGGAGCCACGGAGCCACAGUAUGUCAAACUGGUCAGUGAUGGGUCCACGACGGCCAUUAUGGCUUCGCCGGAAGUCGCAGAGGGAUGGAAUAGACUAGCACCGGAAAAUGGGACAGAGUGGCCGAACAUGAUUGCUGGGAGGUCUCUGUUGAGUAUCCUCACAUCCCGACCGCUAUUUCAAAUUCAUAAGAGCACCCAGCCUUACCUUAUUGUGCUACCGACAUGGGACCAUGAAGCUUCGCUGGAUGCUGCGGAGGAGUGUGUGAGGCGGGCGCCUUUCGGAGAGGCACUUAGAGUCGACGGCGGUCACUUUGACCUUUAUGAAGGUGGUAUUUCGUUUGAAAAGAAUGUCGAAGGACAAAAGCAAUUUCUGAGGCGAGUCCUUGGAACAUGA